ACAUGAAGGUCGACAAAGCUGUCUGUACAACGGAUACAAUGACAGAUGUUGAAAAAGCAAUAAGUUAUGAAAAUUUACUAUCGUCAUUAGUACAGAAAAAAAUUCUGGCCAUUAAACGUGAAUGCGAAGCGAAAAAAGUGGCAAAACGACGACGUAAACAGCAAAAUUGUCUUGGCUCUUUAAUAUUUGGCAGUCGUCACAAUCGAUCGAAUAGAUGUGAUGACAGCAGUUCAAAAGAGGCAGCGAUCGAUAUAGAUCCUCCAUCAAUUAGCCAACAAGAAAGUAAAAUUGUAAUCGAUUCCAAAAAAAUUAUGAAAAAAAUUAAUGACAAUCAAGAACCGGUUAAUUCCAUCACCAACAUUCAUGUGAACGAAAUUCCAUUGAUGAAAACGGAAAAUAUAUUAACCGAAUGUCACAUUGAUGUGUUAAAUGAACGUGGUUCGUGUAACAAUGACAAUAAUACAACGCAACGGCAUGACCCAUUGCAUUGUGAUUUCCAUUGCCACGCGAAAUAUAGUCGUCGAUGCAUGGAUAGUGGUGACGAUCAAAAUGCACACAGUACGCAUUCGAAAAUCAGUGAUAAUAGCGUCAUAGAAGUGGAUAUUGAAUCGACAAGUGUAGCAGCAACGAAUAGCAAAUGUCCCAGCAUUGUCAGCCAAAUCGAAGGAAACGAUGAAAUGAAUGCGAUGCAAAAAUUGCGAUCGCGAAAAAAUAGCUGCGAUUCAAUUAGCGUGCCUAGUUCAUUGAAACAUACCACAUUGAGUGAACCAGCUGAUGAGAUGGCUUUGUUGGAUCACAAACAAAGAUAUCAAAUACAUUUGCUCGAGGCAAAAUCGAUAAGCGCCCAAUGUAGCCCAAUACUGGCACAACGUCAAACUUUCAAUGUGUCAGCGUCUGGCAGAGUGAUAAAAUCACCGCUUACACAAAAAAUGAUUUUUGACACAUCCGAUGACAAUGUGACGGCUGCAAAUGUACCAACAUCGAACCGAAGCGGAACAUCAAAUGAAAAUAAUCAAUGCAAGGAAAAUAUCGAUGAGACUGAUGAAUGUUGCUCGAGUCAAGCAAAAUCGACGAUGAUGACGACGACGACGACAAAACGAAAUAGCAAACCAUUUUUUAAGAAAAAAGAUAAAGUAUCUAAUGCGAAUAAUGAAGUGCACGGUUUUAUAUCUAGUUUUAAUCAAUUAACGUCGAAAAAUUUACCUGUGAUUACAUCGGCCACAAAAACAAUGGCAAAACACGUAACUAGCAACAAAUGCGAACGAGGCAAUCAUUGUACGGUUGAUGACACCAACGAUAUUUCGGUUGUUUCAAAUAAAAAAGCCACUCAGGACGAUAAUCAUAGUAAAUACAAACGAACACAUAGAUACUCUGAACCAAUGUUAGUUUAUCCAUCUUCAAAUCGUCUUCAGCAAUGUAUAUUAAGUAUGCCAACAUCUCAACCCAUCCAAUUGCGUUAUAAUGAUGAAUUAAUGUAUGAUGUUUCACUUAAAAUGGAAACUGAUAGGAGUACAGAUUUUACAGGCGAUCGACGACGACGACAUCGGAAACACCGACAUCGUCAUCAUCAUCAUCACCAUAAUAAUGGACGAAAAAAUCGACACAAACGAAAAAUCUUACUGCACGACUUGGAUGAACAGACUGUGAAGGUUAUCGACCCAGAAGAUAUGUCGCAACGGGCCAGGUUGACAAUCAUUUUCACAGCAUGCCUGCUGCUGUUAAUGUGUUUACUCUUGGUGGGAGUUACAUUGAGAAUGGCACCAUUAAUAGACGAUAUGGUGCGACAAGAGAACGAACGCAUACAGGAAUCUAUAAAUCGUGGUAAAUUUGGGAGAAACAUGACGCACGGUGCAUUCAUCGGACAACAAUACCAACAACAAUCACAGCAUCCAUAACAAUAUUUUAUGAUUUUUACGGAAGUUGUAGGCGAUAAAUUGUUUUAAUUUCAAAAAUUCAAAGAAAAUCAACACAAAAAUAUUUGAAAAAAUAUCACAUAAAUAAAAAAAACCAACAAAUUUGAAAUGCAUAAAAUAGAUGCAAUGAUUUUUUAGUAUUAAACCAAAGCAAACAAAUUCAACCACAUACACAC